AUGGAGCAGGAGAGCAUUGACUUUGAGCAAGGAUGGGAAUAUAUACAGAGUGGUAUCACUAAGAAGAAACGCUAUUUGGAAGGACUUGGGCCGGCACUUGACCCUCAGGAAUAUAUAGAGCUUUACACGACUGUCUACAACUUGUGCGAUAGUUACUCACAGCAGCUUUAUGACAAGUAUCGUGAAGCAGUUGAGGAAUAUGUUAACUCAACAGUGUUGCCUGCGUUAAUGGACAAGGAUGACGAUGAAUAUAUGCUUCUGCAAGAACUUGUUAAAAGAUGGCCUAACCAUAAAAAGAUGGCUAAUUUCCUAUCCAGCGUCUUCCAUACUCUUGACAGGUACUUCGUUUCUCGGAGAUCACUCCCACUAGUGAAAGAAGUUGGCCUUACAAGCUUCCUUCCUAACAAUCUGCAACGCAAGGUCAAAGAAGCUGUGAUAACACUAGUUGAUAAAGAACGAGACGGAGAAGAUAUUGAUAGGGAGCUGGUGAAAAGCGUAGUUGAGUUUUACGUGGAGAUUGGAAUGGGAAAGAUGGAAAGAUACGAACAAGAUUUCGAGAGGUUCUUGCUUCAAGGUGCAUCGUCUUACUUUUCUCGCAAGGCAUCAAGGUGGAUUGAAGAAGAUUCUUACAAUGACUACAUUGUCAAGUCUGAAGAAUGUCUAGAGAAGGAGAAGGGAGAGUGA